AUGCCUUCCGCGGUCGCCCUCUGCAAGUUCGUGGGCACCAUCUCUCUGGGCCUGUUGACGGGCGUCUCCUACACCUUAUCAACCCAAUCCCUCCCUUCCCUCCUCACGCUACCCUCCGCCACGCCCGCCGCCUACACGCUCGCGCAAACAAGCCGCCUCGCCACCCUCCACAUCCGCACCCUCAGCACCGUCGCCACGCUCGCGCUCGCGUCGGCGUAUUACCUCUCACCAGCUCGGCUGCGACAUCCAUACCUUCUCUGGACUUCUCUGGCGGCGGCGAUGAGUGGAGGUUUGAAUUUGGCGAUGGACAAGCGGAUGAAGCAGAGGGUGGUGAAGGGACCGGAGGAGGAGGAGAUAAGUGAUGUGAAUGGCGAGCAGGUCGAGAAGAGGGCGAGGGAGCAGCAGUGGAUUGAGUUUGUGAGGGCGGGAGUUAGUGGGGUGGGCUUUGUGAUGGGCGUGGUUGGACUGUGGGGUGACGGGGCGUGA